UCCUGUUUUGCCCACUGGUAUCUCUCUGCCCUUUUCUCAGUCUCCCAGGAGCCACCCCAGAACAGCCCCUGGAUCUGGAAGGGGACACGAACACCUAGUCAUCUCAGCAUCCAGGAAAGCCACCAUGACCAGGGCCUUGGAAGAGGCUCUUCUUCAGCACUUCAUACAUCAGAAGCUGGAGAUCGCUUAUGCCAUCAACAAGCCAUUUCCCUUCUUCGAAGGCCUCCGAGACAACUCCUUCAUCACGGAGAGACUGUACAGGGAAUCUAUGGAAGCCUGGGAAAAUCUGGUCCCUUUAUGCAGAGUUGUGUACAACAUUCUUACCCAACUGGAGAAGACAUUUAGUCUAUCAUUUCUGAAGAUAUUGUUCAGCCGAAUUAACCUGAAAGCAUACCCCAACCUGAUAACGGCUCUCAGUAGCUUCACAAGAGUCGUCACUUCCCAUGGAGGCUGGAGCAGAAACACAACCAUCCCUCUUGAAGCCCCAGCCAACCCAGCAGGAAAGAGCUCCUCGAGGACCCUGCUAUUGCCGUGUCUCCCCUGCCGAUAUCCCCUACGGAGCCUCCCACCCUGCGCACCCAGCGUCAGCAAGCCCAGAGCACCCGCCCAGCACAGCUCUGAGGUCCUGCGUGAGAUGCCCAGCCCCACCGACCUCACCGUGGCUCUCCGGGGAACCAUCCAGGAAGGAAGGCUCCGUCCAGUGUCCAGUGACAACCUGAUCCCUCAAAUAAAAGAUAAAGAAGACGCUCAAGAGAUGCCUUGCACUUCCUCAGACCCUGUGCCAGUGAGAAGAGAUGAUGUCCCUGAACCAAGUGACCCAAAGGAGCUCCAGGAGGCAUCCAGGACACUCCCCAGCAAGAAAGGAAAGAAAAGAAAAAGAUGUAUCUGGGCCACCUCAAAGAAGAGACAGCAGAAAAAAAGCCACCAAGGAAGUAAGAUGAGAACACAAGAAGGGGCUGGAGGCCAGAGACAGCUCAUCCUUGUUGGCCAAGGGGCAACCUUACCUGGGCAUGGGAUCCAAAAGACACUCCAAGGACUGGAUCAGGUGACUCACACAGAGGACAACCCAACCAGGAAUACAAAGGUCGUGACAAGGGCACAGAAGAGGACAGAAUGUGCUCCGAUGCCUAAAUCAGAGGAGAUCAGUGAUAAUACUUCAGAAAUGGAUGAAGGGAAGAGACCCCAGGAGCCACCCAGCGCACCACCAAGAAUCACCCAUGGCAAAGAAAAGAAGAGAAAAAUACAUAACUGGUCAAGUUCAAAAAAAAGGCAGAAAAAAUGUCUCUCAAAAGGAGCAGCCUCAUCAGGGCUCAGAAUCCAAGAGACUCAAAAGAAGGACGACUCAACCAGAAAUUCAAAGGUCAUGACGAGAGCCCAAAAGGCACAGGCUGAGGGUGCCCGAAAGCCUGCACAAAAGGACAAAGCUGGUGGUGGCACUGGUCACCUGAAGGCUCAGCGUGGGAGGGUCUCUCGUGGAGCCCGCACAGAAAAACCCAAAGAUGAAACUUUCGAUUUUCACUCUCCUGAACUCCCUGUGACCUGUGGGGAAGCAAAGGGGAUUUUAUAUAAGGAGAAAAUGAAGCAAGGAUCCUCAGAGAAGUGUAUUCAGAAUGAGAAGGGAGUUUGGUUCACACCAAAUGAAUUUGAAAUUGAAGGAAAGCGGAAACGUUCCAAGAACUGGAAGCGGAGUGUGUUUUGUGGAGGAAACAGCCUAGAAAAGCUGCUGCAGAAAGGAAUUUUGAUCUGUCCUUCUUCAAGAAAACAUCUCAAGACAGAGGGGAAGUCGGGUGCAGCUACGAUCUUGUCUGCAGAGACUGUGUGUGAUAGCAAAGCUGUCAAGGUAUCCCAGGAUAGCCAGCAGGAAAACUCCAAGGAAUGUGAGGUGUGCUGCAAAGGGGGCUCGCUUCUCCGCUGUGACACUUGCCCACGAUUCUUUCACGAGGACUGCCACAUCCCACCCUCGGAGGCUGAGAGGAGCCCAUGGAGUUGCACCUUCUGCAGAAUAAAGGAGUCUUCAGGAAACCAGCAGGGUCUCCAGGAAUCUGAGGUUCGGGCAAGGUCCAUGCAGCCGGAGGAGCAGCUGAAAUGUGAGUUUCUCCUCUUGAAAGCCUACUGUCAUCCACAAAGCUCUUUCUUUGCGGAGACCCCAUGUAAUAUUCGAGAUUAUGGCGAGCCCUUUAGGGAAGCCAUGUGGUUGGACCUGGUUAAAGAAAGGCUGACUGAGAAAGUGUACACAAUGGCUUGGUUUUUACGGGACAUGCGCCUGAUAUUUCACAACCACAAAACAUUUUUCAAGCUGGAAGGGAAGACGACAAAUAUGGCCGUAAGGACUUCGGGUGCCCGUCCUGGAGAGCAUGAUGGAUUCCAGAGAUAAUGAUGGCUUUGGAUUUCCAACUCCUCCUGCGGGGAGUACUAAAGGUUCCUCUUUGCAGCACAGUCUCCACGCGUUAUGGUAAAAGACCCUUCUCCCGGCUGGUUUGCCAGUAGGCAGGAUUGCUGUGCUCUAAAUUACCUUCACUCCAUUUGUGACCUUCUCUUUCAUUCUGGCACUGAUAAGCUGAAUCAUGUCUCUCUCACUCUGUUCUAUCAUGGCUCUGGAUUGCUCUAUUAUUGGGGGAAAAAAAAGAAAACCACUCAAGAGUCAUUUCUUUCAGGAUGAAAGUUUCAGCCACUAUCAGUUCAGUUGCCAUGACAACCAAGACCCCUAUCCCUGGGACCAUCUAUCCCUUUAACUUCCUUUUGUUGCUGUUCUCUUUCCUACUUGAAAGAGCGGGGUUUGAUUUAUUCUGCUAGGCUUAGUGGUCCAUAUCUUCCCCCAGUCCUUCUGAGCUGGAGACUCAGAUCCGUUCUCCUUUUGUUCUCCCACUGCCCAGGCCCACCAAGUUUGGGCCCCCAUCUCCUUAAACAAUAAAAACUCUUAGUGUGGGGCUUCUGUGGUGGUCCAGUGGUUGAGACCUUCUACUGCAGGGGCCAGAGGUUCAAUUUGUUGUGCAUAGACAAAUAAAAUUAAAAACUCUUAAUGAAAUCAGUGUCAGUGACAUCCCUGCAGACAGUGUGACUUGUGUGUCCCUGGAAACCUCUUCUAGUCCUGUACCCAGGCUAUUUCUCUCUUCCUGGUCCAGCAUGGUCCCAUUCCCUACUGGCCAGAGCUGCUGAGAAUCCAGGCCACCUCAGGGCUGCCUCCUCCCAAGCUGUGACACAGGAGGCUACUGUUGUUGUUGCUGUUGUUCAGUCCCUCAAUCAUGUCUGACUCUUUCUGACCCCAUAGACUGCAGC